CACAUCUGUAUUUGACAGGCGGAAGUAGCGACGUAAAGAAACGAGAGAAUUCGUUUUGGUGCAGUUAACGUGACACCAAACACCAACUGUAAUGCAAGGCCGUUGAACCACGCGUUGAGGAAAGAUAUGACUUAAUGUAUACCAUACCUGAGGCCAGCAUUAGGGAGACGACCUCUCGUCCACACGUCGUCCAGAUGAGGCAUGCUGGGGGUAUGCAGCCCGUGUAUGGACGAGAUGCUGGAGUCUGGCACCAAACGAGAAGUCUCCUCUACAAGAACCUGCUCAUCAAAUGGAGGACCAAGCAGCAGAGUCUUCAGGAGCUGAUCCUACCUCUGCUGCUGUUGGGUCUCCUGGUGCUCAUCAGCACCCUGAAUCCUCACGUUUAUUAUGGAGGCAUCAGCACUAUGGAGCUGGAGCGUGACGACCACAUCUUCAAGGGCCUGGGCUACACACCCAUCACCAACAUCACCAACCACAUCAUGGAGGAGGUGGCCCAGGAGAUGCACCUACAGGAUCAUCUGGAGAUGUUUGCCAGCGAGGAGGACCUGGAGAACGCCAGUCUGUAUGAGCCUUCCAGCUACGUUGGUGUUGUGUUCAUGGACAGCGCUGCCACGUCGUACAAGCUACGCUUCCCCUACAACCAGCUGCCCUUACCCAGCGACUACACAGAAACUAUUGCCAACUGUUUUACCAGCUCGGUGAACUGCAGAGCAGCUAAUUACUGGUACUCCGGCUUCAUCCGCCUCCAGUCCCUGAUCGAUGCUGCUAUCAUCCAGAUGCAGACGAAGCGUUCAGUGUGGAGUGAGAUGGACCUGCAGGUGGUAAUGAUGGGUCAUCCGGGCUCGGUGGAGGUGCAGAAGUUCCCCCACGCCCUCAUCUCCAUCUACCUGGUCCUGGCCUUCACACCCUUCGUCACCUUCCUCAUCGUCAACGUGGCGGCGGAGAAGGAGCAUCGCCUCAAAGACACCAUGACCAUGAUGGGGCUCUACGACACGUCUUUCUGGUUGUCAUGGGGCCUCCUGUACGCGGCUCUAGUGACCACCAUGUCCAUCCUGAUGUCCAUCAUUGCCACGUACACGGCCCUGUUCCCCAACAGUGACUUCUUCGUCAUCUUCCUUCUCAUCUUCCUCUACGGGAUAUCAUCGAUCUUUUUCUCCUUCAUGCUGACUCCGUUAUUUAAGAAGCCCAAGUUUGCCAGCACAGUGGGCUCCAUGCUGACGGUGAUGUUUGGCUGCCUGUCCCUCUUCACCGUGCUGAUGAAGGACUUCCCCCAGCCGCUGGUCUGGCUUCUCUGUCUGCUCUCCCCCAGUGCCUUCUCAAUCGGGAUCGCACAGGUGGUUUACCUGGAGGCCCAGGGAGAUGGGGCUGUGUUUUCCUCCCUGGCCAACGGCCCACAUCCUCUUUACGUGCCCCUGCUCAUGCUGGUUUUAGACUGCAUCCUCUACCUUCUGUUGGCUCUCUACCUAGACCAGGUUCUGCCUGGGGAGUUUGGAAUAAAGAGGUCCUUGGUGUACUUCCUGAAGCCCUCCUAUUGGUCCAAACGCAGUAAGCGCUACGUUGAAGUGAACUCCGUGUACGACACGGAGGCGAACGGCGCUCCUGGUGGGGACGAGUCGGUCGAGCCUGUUUCGGCCGAGUUCAGAGGGAAAGAGGCCAUCCGCAUCAAUAACAUCCAGAAAGUGUACAAAGAGAAGGACAACGUGGUGGAGGCUCUGAGAGGUUUGACGUUUGACAUCUACGAGGGCCAGAUCACGGCUCUGCUGGGACACAGCGGGGCGGGAAAGUCCACUCUCAUGAACAUCCUGUGUGGCAUCUGCCAGCCCACCGACGGCUCGGCCACCAUCUACGGCUCCCCCGUGUCGGAGAUCGCAGACGGGUCCGAAAUGAAGCAGCUGGUGGGAAUAUGCCCCCAGUUCAACAUCAUCUUUGACGUGCUGACUGUGGAGGAGCACCUCAGGAUAUUCGCAGCCAUCAAAGGGAUCCCGCCCUCGAACAUCGAUGCUGAGGUUACCAAAGUGCUGAAGGAUCUGGACUUGGAGAAGAUCAUGACUGCUCAGGCCAAGAAUCUGAGCGGAGGCCAGAAGAGGAAACUCUCCGUGGGCAUCGCCAUUCUCGGCGAUCCUAAGAUCCUGCUAUUGGACGAGCCCACAGCGGGCAUGGACCCCUGCUCCAGGCACCAGGUGUGGUCGCUGCUGCAGAGCCGGCGAGCCGGCAGAGUCAUCGUCCUCAGCACACACUACAUGGACGAGGCGGACAUUCUUGCUGAUCGCAAAGCUGUGAUCUCUCAGGGACAGCUGAAGUGUGUCGGCUCUUCUCUGUAUCUCAAGAUCAAGUGUGGUGUCGGAUAUCAUCUCAGAAUGUCUGUCAACGAGAGGUGUGAAGCUGAAAAUAUCACCUCACUGAUCAAGCAGCACGUUCCCAAGGCUACGUUGUCCCGCCAACACGAGGCAGAGUUGACGUUCACGCUGCCGUUUGAGAGCAUUGAAACGUUUUCAGGCUUGUUCUCGGAGCUCGACUGUCAACCCAAACUGGGAAUCGCCAACUAUGGGGUUUCCAUGACAACACUGGAGGAUGUGUUUCUUCGUCUGGAGUCAGAGGCCGAAGUGGACCAAGCUGACUACAGUGUGUUCAAUCGGGAGCAGGCGGAGGACGAAUGUGACAACGCCUCUCUGGACGAUACGGACCAGCGGCUGCUGACCUUCUCAGACAGCAAAUCCGACGUGGUGUCGGGUCACGCUCUGUGGCGCCAGCAGUUCUGCACCGUGGCCUGGCUGCACAUGCUCAACAUGCGCCGGGAGAGGAAGGCCUUCGUUUACACCCUGGCCUUGUUCUUGGUGUUUGUUGCUGCUGUGCUCGUCCUAGCUCUGGCCACAGGAAACAUCCAGAUACACUCCCCGGACCGCCAGUUUCUGCCCAUCUACCUCCUCAAAAGGAACCAGUCGCCACGGAGAUACGCCACCAGCCUCCUGGUGCAGAACUCAACAGGCUCUGAUAUUUCGGACUUCAUCCACAACCUGGAGUCUCAGGACAUCAAAGUGGAUUUGAUGAAACACAGCGACUACAUGUCCGCAGCUCCCCACAGCGCCGGCAUCAACGUAACAGGAUCCAGCAAGGGUUUCAGAUACAGUGUUGCGUUCAACAGCACCACAGUUCACUCCUUACCCAUGGCUGUCAACGUACUAAGCAACGCUCUUCUAAAAGGCCUGAAUGGAACUAAACCGAUCAGAACCUGGACCAAACCAUUUGAUUAUCAAAUCCCGGAUGCCACGUCCUACGCUCUGGUUUACAUCGAGGCCAUCAUACUGGGAAUGCUUGCAGCUGGAAUGCCUGCGUAUUUCGCAAUGGACCACACUCGAGACAGAGAGAUCAAGUGUCGCUCUACACUGCGGAUCUCCGGUCUGGUGCCGUCGGCCUACUGGUGCGGCCAAGCCGCCGUGGACAUCCCCUUCUACUACCUCAUCCUCUGCUCCAUGAACAUCGUCCUCUUCUCCUUCCACUCUGGAAACCUGCUCACGUCCAGCAACCUCACCGCUGUGGUCCUGUGUACUGUGGGUUUUGGUCCAGCCAUGAUCCUCUUCACCUACGUGUUUUCUUUCGGCUUCGCCCGAGUCCAGAGCAACAGAGAUUUCUUCUCUGUCAUCUCCAUGAUGGUGUGUGUGGUGUCAGCCUCGCUGGUUCAGUUGUCCUUUGUGAACGACAGCCCUGGGUUGACCAGAAACCUGCACAACGCCCUGUGUUUCUUCAACCCUCUUUAUCCUCUCAUGGGCUGCCUCAACUGCAUCACCAAGGCGACCUUCCUCCCCUCUCUGUACGAGGAGAACUUCUUGUGGAAGAACCUGCUUAUUGCGGUUGUAGCUCCGUAUCUCCAGUGCAUCAUGCUGCUUUUCCUGCUCCGUUGGCUCGAGAUCCGUUACGGUGGGAGGACGAUGAAAAACGAUCAGUUCUGCAGGAUCUCAUCCAAGUCAAAGCCCAAAGUGGAGAAAAAUCCAGAAGAGGCACUAAACGAGGAUGAGGAUGUUCAGAUGGAGAAGGCCAGAGUGAAGGAGGCCCUCACCUGCCAGUCCUGCGAAGAGAAACCAGCGGUGGUUGUGAGUAACCUGAGGAAGCAGUACAAGGGCAGAAGAGAAGGUUUUUCUCUGAACAAGAGUAGGAAAGUGGCCACAAAGAACAUCUCCUUCUGUGUUCGCAAAGGUGAAGUUCUGGGAUUGUUGGGACCCAACGGAGCAGGAAAGAGCACCAUCAUGCACAUGUUGUCAGGCGACACGGACCCCACUGCCGGCCAGGUGCUGAUGGGGGACUAUAGCACUGAGUUUCGUCCCGUGGACAGUCCUCUGGAACAUGUGGGCUACUGUCCUCAGGUGAACCCUCUGUGGCCCCGGAUCACCCUGCAGGAGCACGUGGAGAUCUACGCUGCCAUCAAGGGCCUGAAAGGACAGGACGUCCCGGGGAUCAUCAGACGUGUGGUGAAUGCUCUGGAGCUAAAGGACCACUUGAACAAACAAGCCAAGUCCCUGUCAGCCGGACUCAAGAGAAAGUUGUGCUUCGCCUUGAGUAUGAUCGGGAAUCCUCAGAUCGUUUUACUGGAUGAGCCGUCAUCGGGGAUGGACCCCAAGUCCAAACAGCGCAUGUGGAGAGCCAUUCGUGCUGCGUUCAAGAACCGUCAGCGGGGAGCCGUCCUCACCACGCACUACAUGGAGGAAGCGGAGGCCGUGUGCGACCGCGUGGCGAUUGUGGUGUCCGGCCAGCUGAGAUGUAUCGGCUCCAUUCAACAUUUAAAAGGGAAAUACGGUCAAGGUUACAGCUUGGAGGUCAAACUCCGAGAGGAGUUGACGGGGCUCCAGCAGGUGGCGCUGCUGCACAAAGAGAUCCUCCGAAUCUUCCCUCACGCUGCGCGGCAGGAGAGCUUUGCUACUCUGAUGGUUUACAAGAUCCCCAUGGAGGAUGUCAAGUCACUGGCCAAGUCUUUCUCUCAGUUAGAGAGUGCCAAGCAAACCUUCAACUUUGAAGAGUACAACUUCUCCCAGUCGACCUUAGAGCAGGUAUGUUCUCUAACGCACUGA